UUUACUGGUGCUCCGGAUAUGAAGGGACUAGUCAAGCAUAUAGCGAGGCGCGCACAGAGGCACUCAUUGCUAGGAUAAUCAUAUAACGUUUUGCAAUACCUCUGUUGUAUAUUUUACAUAGACAGGCGUCAAAAUGGUGAAACAGGUAGAUUCAAAGGCUGAAUUUGACAGCACCAUCAAGGAUAACAAGAUGGUUGUAGUCGACUUCUUUGCUACUUGGUGUGGACCCUGCAAAAUGAUUGCUCCAAAGAUUGAGGAAAUGGAAAAGGAAUAUUCUGGUGUUGUUUUCAUCAAGGUGGAUGUAGAUGAAAAUGAGGAAACUGCUGCGGCUUGUGAAAUUUCAGCCAUGCCAACAUUCCAUAUUUACAAGGAUGGAGCAAAGGUCGGGGAAGUUGUUGGAGCAAAUGAAAAGGCAAUUCGGGACGAGAUUCAAAAAAAUCAAUAAUCUAACUUAGAAUUUACAUGUUAAUAAUUGUAGACUAACAUUAAGUAAUGUCUCUCCCUUUAUGUGUUUAAUCAAAUAUCUGCUGCCUCUGCCAUUUACUAGUAGACUGUGAUAAUUGGAAAUUCAGGUAGACCAAUCUUGACUUUAGAAAUAUGUGUAAGUGGGUUGUACCAGUUUCAAAAUUGAUUACCAUUAUGGUUACGUUCUGUGUAAAAUGAAUCAUGAAAUGAAAAAAAAAAAAACUAUGUCCUAGAAUUAAUGUCAAUGAGGCAAAGUUGUUGUAUUUUAUAAACAGCUCUGAGUUUUAUCAAACUCAAAAAAAUUGUCUGAAUUAGAAUUUUGAGAAAAAAAUUGUUCAAGAAAUAUCUUUAGAAUGGUGAUGGUUGUUGUAAUCAAAUUUGCUUCCACUAUACAGUAUUGCACUUUGUGGCCUUUUUUAUUCUGAUAUGCAUUAAAACUCUGGACAAUCACAAA